AUGGAGAACAGGCAAAAGAGCUCGAAGGGUUUAUUAGACAUCUUAAUAUUCCUCUUUUGUUUUGUCCCUUUUUCGCUGACUUACACUCUGAACAAUGAAUUGGACCUCCACGCCGCUAUUUUCAACUCUACGUACGACAGAAACAUCCGACCAGGGCUUAACAGGGACGUUCCAUUACAAAUUGAUAGCACCUUUAUCUUAAAAAGCGUAAAGGAGUUGGGUGAAUCUCUUGGUAAAUUCUCAAUUACGGGAGCUUUGGGUGUCUAUUGGAUUGAUGAUCGUUUGACCUGGAAUCCACAACACUACGGCGGGAAUCUAUAUUCCAUCAUUGUCCCCCAAAAGAAGAUAUGGGUACCAUUUCUUUUGAAUAUGCAGGAUUACGGUGAAGUUAAGUAUACUGGACAUAACGAAUUGACUCUGGGAGUAGAGAGUAAUGGACAUAUAUCUUGGACUAUUCCUAACCUUUACGAAAGUACGUGUGACUUUGAUUUGUCCAAAUAUCCCUUUGAUUCUCAGACUUGUAUGUUACCGUUCUAUGUCACAGGAUACGGUCCAUCGGAACUAUUAUUUAAUAUCUCAGAAACCAACAAAAAAGCAAACAUGUCAAUAUACAGUGAGAAUGGCCUUUGGCAAGUGAUUAAAGCACAUAUUUACACCACAACCAACGCACUUGGGUUUCAAGAGGUACGAGUAUCCGUUAGUAUGAAGAGACGAUCUGCCUACUAUAUAUCUAGUUUAAUCCUCCCGAUCUGUUUCCUCUCUUUCCUCCAGUUAUUUGUUUUUCUAAUGCCGCCUGAAUCUGGUGAACGUGUUGGAUUUGCUGUCACCGUCCUGUUGGCUGUCGCUGUCUAUUUGACGUUAAUACAAGACAAAUUACCAGAAGCUUCAGAGCCCAGCGUGGCCUACCUUAGCUACAAACUCUUGGUAGAAUUCAUCAUAGGAAUUGUCAUCGUGGUCGGAGUUAUCAUGGGAUUGCGCUAUUAUCAUCGUGAGGAGAUGAAAGUUAUUCCUAGGGUUUUGCAGCUGUUUCACAGAAUGAUGUUUCCCCAAACUUGCUGGAGCUCCCUGUUUAGGCGAAAGCGGAAGGUGACAGACGACGAGAAGUCAUCUGCUGAAGAUAUAUCCGUAAACAAAGCCACUAAUUCUAUGACGUGGAAAGAUAUAGGAAUGGCCACUGAUCGCUUUUGUUUGAUUUUUUCUGUUUUUUCGCUUGUUCUAUGUAACUUUGUUUAUUUCUUUGCCGUUGCUUCAUAUUAG